AUGGGAAAGGGCCUUCUUGGAGCUUUCAUUUCCAGGCUGCAGUUCUCUUGUGGGUGCAGCGCCCGACCCACCCCAGCGGGCCGUGCCGUGGCGCACCAGGACCUUAAGGGAGCCACCAGAUCCGCCCCGGGGGCCUCACGGGGACGCCAGGGGCCGCUCCGCGCGCAGGACCCCUGUCCUGCCUCCGCCAUGGACGCGGACAACGGGUCGUGCUGCCUGCUCCUCAUCGAGGGGGACCCCAUCUCCAUGGUGAUGCCUCCGCUGCUCAUCCUGGCCUUCGUGCUGGGCGUCCUGGGCAACGGCCUCGCCCUGUGCGGUUUCUGCUUCCACACGAACGUCUGGAAGCCCAGCACCGUCUACCUUUUCAACCUGGCCGUGGCCGACUUCCUCCUCAUGGUCUGCCUGCCCUUCCGGACCGACUACUACCACCGCCACCGGCACUGGGGCUUCGCCGACGUCCCCUGCAGGCUCGUGCUCUUUAUGCUGGCCAUGAACCGGGCCGGGAGCAUCGUGUUCCUCACGGUGGUGGCCGUGGACAGGUAUUUCAAGGUGGUCCAUCCCCACCACGCACUCAACGCCAUCUCCAACCGCACGGCGGCCGGCGCCGUCUGCGUCCUCUGGACCCUGGUCAUCCUGGGGACCCUGUACCUCCUCAUGGAAAGCCACCUGUGCAAGCAGGCCCGGGGCAUCUCCUGCGAGAGCUUCAUCAUGGAGUCGGCCAACGGCUGGCACGACAUCAUGUUCCAGCUGGAGUUCUUCCUGCCCCUGAGCAUCAUCCUUUUCUGCUCCUGCAAGGUCGUGUGGAGCCUAAAGCGGCGGCGGCGGCUGGCCCGGCAGGCGCGGACCAGGAAGGCGAUCCGCUUCAUCGUGGUGGUGGCUGCUGUGUUUGUCACCUGCUACCUGCCCAGCGCGCUGGCCCGACUCUACUUCCUGUGGACAGUGUCCUCGAGCACCUGCGACCCCUCCGUGCACUUGGCCCUGCACGUCACCCUCAGCUUCACCUACCUGAACAGCGUGCUGGACCCACUCAUAUACUACUUCGCCAGCCCCUCGUUCCCCAAAUUCUACACCAAGCUCAACAUCUGCGGCUGGAGACCCCAGUGGGUAGGAGGCCCAAAUACCCAUGGGCCGGAGGAGCCAGUGGCGCUGAGCCUGUGUCGAAACAGCUUCGGCAUGGCCAGUAGUUUCCAAAGCCAACUGGACAGCCAGUGAGACCUGCGGGUUGCUGAGUGGCACUGAAACAAUCAGGCCAGUGACGCUGAGGGGGACAGAUGGACAGCUUGGAGUGAACCCCUGCCCGUGCAGGGGCAGGGGGGGGGCUUGGAAAAUGCAGCGUUCUCCUGGUCUGUUGGAACUCAGAGCCGCAGCCUACUACCUUUUUGGAAGGUUCUAGACUGAUGUGAGUUUGCUGCAUUUCUGUGUUGUGAUUGCAGGACAG